AAAACAAUCUUACCAUAUCUCCCCGUCGCCCACGGCCCUUCCCACAUUCUCGCGGCCUCCCUCGCCCUCUCUCUCUCUCUAGCAGCAAUGGCAGCUUCUCUCUCCGUCUCCAGACUCCUCACCUCCGCCGCCACAACCGCCGCCGCCGCCGCCUUCCCCCUCCUCCCCCCAAAAUCCCUCUCCUUCACCGCCUCCCUCGGCAUCCGCCGCCGCUCCUCCUCCCUCGCCGUCCCCCGCCGCCGCGGCCCCGGCAAGCCCCUCCGCCUCUCCACCGCCGCCGCCGCCCCCACCCGCGCGGCCAUCUCCGUGGGCGACAAGCUCCCGGACGCCACCCUCUCCUACUUCGACCCCUCCGGCGAGCUCCAGACCACCACCGUCUCCGCCCUCACCGCCGGGAAGAAGUCGAUCCUCUUCGCCGUCCCGGGGGCCUUCACCCCGACCUGCUCGCAGAAGCACCUGCCGGGGUUCGUGGAGAAGGCCGGGGAGCUGAAGGCCAAGGGCGUGGGCAACAUCGCCUGCAUCUCCGUGAACGACGCCUUCGUGAUGCGGGCGUGGAAGGAGAACCUGGGCAUCGGCGACGACGUCAUGCUGCUGUCGGACGGGAACGGGGACUUCACGAGGGCGAUCGGGUGCGAGCUCGACCUGAGCGACCAGCCGGUGGGGCUCGGGGUGCGGUCGCGGCGGUACGCGCUGCUCGCGGAGGACGGCGUCGUGAAGGUGCUCAACCUGGAGGAAGGCGGGGCCUUCACCUUCAGUGGUGCCGAGGAUAUGCUCAAAGUCCUGUAGAUGCUUUCAAGUUUCCAUUUUUUUCUUUUCUUUUUGGGGCUUUGAAUUUGGCUGUCGUUGGCUGGUGUUGAGAGGUGCGGUUCUUGUUGGGUUUUGAGCUUGAUAAGAGUUUUCGUUCCUGACUUGUGCCUAAUAAAUUGAGAUGGAGUUGGAACUGCGGUUUGAUGCAGACACAAUGAACAGGGAUUUUGCUUCUGG